AUGUGGCAUUUGCAAUCCGGAAAAUUAAUUACGCACAAACGCGAGAUGACGGAUCGCCAGAGCGCCGCAGAAGUUUCCGUCAUUGAAGCUGCUGCUGGUGAAGUGAAAGCCAAGCUCUCCCGCGGACCGCCGUCAUGGAAGCGAGAGCCCCACCGCCCGGACAGGAGUGGGUCCCCCGCUUCGGUGCGUUCAACGUACAGGGGCGGGUUUGAUUGGUUGCAGUGUAACUUGGCAGGCUUGCGGCGGGGGCCGCGGGUUCAGCGCGCCCGGGCGCCCACUGCGUUGCUCUGCGCGGGGUGCGGUGCUCUCGGGGCGCGAGAUUCCAGACAUGUCCAGAGUUCCUUUCAUCCCAAACCAUUAAAGGCUAAAGGUGUCCCCUCAUUGCUGUGCGAAGAAGUGUCAGCAGGAUGUUUUGGUUUGGCCGAGUCCGACAUCGAUGAUGCCGAUGACUCUUCGCCGGGCGGAGCGGCGAUAUCUGAGACGCUACGGCGCCGCGCCGACCCUUCGGAGGUGGGCUACUUACAAGUUACCUAG